AUGGGCCUCCUCUCGUGCUUCGGUCCGCUUUUUCCUGCUCGCUCUUCCGCUGCUUCUGUCUGUUCGGAAGCUACGCUUAUUGACAAGUCUACGUACGCCCACGUCGAAAAGUGCGAAGCCAAAGCGGCGCACCACGCGGUUCAGAAGGAGGAUAGGACGGGCAUCAGGCUGGCUGCGCUGAGGCGUGAGAUGCAGGACGCCGGAGUAGACGCCUACGUUAUCCCUUCCGCGGACGCUCAUGGCAGCGAAUGGGUCGGCGCAUGCGACGAGCGGCGGGCCUUCAUCUCCAACUUCACCGGCUCAGCGGGCACCGCUAUCGUGACUCCUACCGAAGCGCACCUCUUCACCGACUCCCGGUACUUCGUCCAGGCAGCAAAACAGCUUGAUUCGAAUUGGACGUUGGAGAAAGUCGGCAGUGCUGGCGUGAAGAAUUGGAACGAGUGGCUGCUCGAGUUGCCGAAAGACAGCAAGAUCGGCGUCGACGCAGCCCUUCAAGACUACGGCAGCGGCAAGGCGCUCUCACAGUCUGUCAAGAGUCGUGGUCUUGAGCUCGUCUUUCCUGCCGAGAAUCUCGUCGAUCAGAUCUGGCACGACCGACCGUCUCGGACGCAGAAGCCGAUCCACGUUCACCCGCUCAAAUUCACGGGAAAAUCGGCGAAAGCCAAGAUUGCGGAUCUUCGCUCCUACUUGUCUUCGAACUUCCCCACCGCGGAGAACAGCCCAUCUCCCUCCUACCUCGUCACCUCCCUCACCGCGAUCGCCUGGCUCCUCAACCUCCGCGGCGGCGACAUCGCACACAAUCCCGUCUUCUACGCCUACGUCCUCGUCGAGAAGGAGACCGUCAAGCUGUGGGUCCAGGAGGAGAGCCUGUCGGAUGAGGUUCGAAGCGCGAUUGCGGAGUUCGGUGGAGAGAUCCGGGACUACAAGAAGGCGCUGGAUGAGCUGGCGGAGACGAAGGGGAUGGUGGUGACGGACAGCAAGUCGAGCUGGGCGAUCGUGGAGCGUCUCGGAGAGGAGAAUGUCGAGAUUGUCAAGUCGCCUGUCGAGACUGCGCAGGCGGUCAAGAAUGAGGUCGAGAUUCAGGGCUUCCGCAAUGCCUACUUGCGAGAUGGUGCAGCUUGGGCUCGUUGGCAAGCGUGGCUGGAAGAGCAGCUCGAGCAAGGGAAGGAGGUGACCGAAUGGGAUGCUGGCGAGAAGCUGACGAGCUUCCGUAAAGGCGGGCAGUACUUUGCCGGUCUCGCGUACGAAAACAUCUCCGCAUCGGGCGAGAAUGCCGCUCUUCCUCAUUACGAGCCUUCCCCGGAUCGACCGACGCCCAUCUCGCGCGAUUCGCCCUACCUGAACGACUCAGGCGCGCAGUACCUCGACGGCACGAUUGACACGACCCGCACGAUGCAUUUCGGCAAACCCACUCGCGAGCAGAAGCGGGCCUUCACGCGAGUCUUGCAGGGCCACAUCGCCGUCGACUCGCUCAUCUUCCCCGAGGGAACGACGGGUGAUGCGAUUGAUGCGUUGGCCCGGGCGCCGUUGUGGAGCGAAGGGAUGAACUACGGCCACGGUACGGGUCACGGCUUGGGCGAGUACCUCUCCGUGCACGAAUCGCAAGUCGGCAUCGCGCACAGCGCCGCCUACUUCGGCACGCCCUUCCAGCCCGGCCACACGAUGUCGAACGAGCCAGGAUACUACGAGGAGCGCUCGUACGGUAUCCGACUCGAAAGCGUGCUCAUCGUCAAGGAGGUGAAGACGAGGCGGGACUUUGGCGACAGGCGAUGGCUCGGCUUUGAGCAGGUGACGAUGGUGCCGAUUCAGACGAAGAUGGUCGACUACAGCCUCCUCACGCCGCACGAGAAACGAUGGCUGCGCGACCACAACCGCCUGUGUGCCGAGAAGCUGCUCCCGCUCGUCAAGCACGACAAGAGGGCUGAGCGAUGGCUCAGGAGGCAGUAG